GAAGCUGCACCAACACCAAGUCAGUUACUCCUAUAGUAGAAGAAUAAAUAAUUGUCUGUUUGUUUCUCGAGAAACUCAAACUCAAUGGUAUUUUUGUUGGGUAAAACCCAUGCUGAUGUUAGGUGAAAGUAACUUGCUUCGCCUUUCAUGUGAUUGCUGAUGCAAAGUAGUUGGCAAGCAAUAAAAACACAACUAGAGGAGGAGACUGAUUCAAAUUGUUCUUUAUUUGGGUUCUCUUCUUCAUCUUUGAGUUCAACAAAUUGUUGAUCAAGAAGAGAGUUAUGGAGGCACCAUUAGGUCAGAAAUCUCUUGAAAGAAUAGUAUCACAGAAAGCUUUGCAAAUGGGGAAUUCAUUUCCAUGUCAAAUUUGUGUAGUGGGUUUUCUGUGUGGUGUUUGUCUCACUUCUUUGUUCUUGGCUGCUCUUACUUCACUUGGGAGUUUUGUUCUUGGCGGGGUUUCAUUUUCUGCUGUUUCUAUGAGAAAUUCAUCACCUUGGAAUUCAAGUUCUGAGUUGCUCAAUGUUGUUACAAGUACAGACUGUAAAUUUAGAUUAGUGAAAACGGAAAGGUGGGACAAUUCACGAAGAAGAGACGAUGAGAAAGUUACAUUACUGCGUUCAGCUUGGAGUUCUUUAUUAUCUGAAUCAGUAGGUGAAGAAAAUGAAAUCCUUCGGAAUCUCAGACUGAGCAAGUCGACUAUACCUAAAGCUCCUCAUUUGGAGAACUGUAAAUUGAGUGCACAAAUAAGCAAACGUCUUGAUAAGCAGGCGGAAAAUGAGAGCUUCCCUCCUUGGACUACUUGGAUAGGAUUACUAGACUGGCACCCAGCAUCCGCAGCCAGUGAACAACUUAAAUACUACAGGCAUCGAUCCAUGUCAGAAGGUGCUUAUCCUCCCUGGAUUACUGGAUCAGAUGAAGAAAAUUACCCUCUUACAAGGAAAGUGCAGCGUGACAUAUGGGUGCAUCAGCAUCCACCGGACUGCAUGGAUCCUAAAGUAAAAUUUCUUGUAACUGACUGGGAAAAGUUGCCUGGCUUUGGCAUCGGAGCACAGCUCGCUGGAAUGUGUGGACUUCUCGCUAUUGCAAUCAAGGAGAAAAGAGUCCUUGUCACCAGAUACUAUAACCGAGCUGACCAUGAUGGCUGUAAGGGCGCAUCUCGCUCUAGUUGGUCCUGCUACUUCUUUCCAGAGACAUCUCAAGAAUGCCGAGAUCAUGCCUUUGAGCUCAUGAACAAUAAAGAAGCUCGAGAAAACGGAAGCAUAACUACAAAAGACAACUAUACCUCAAAGGAAAUAUGGGCUGGACGAAUUCCAAGAAUAUGGGGUGAUCCUUGGAGUUACUUGCAACCAACAACAGAGAUAAAUGGGAGUUUGAUUGCCUCUCAUCGGAAGAUGGAUCUAAGAUGGUGGAGAGCACAGGCAUUACGUUACUUGAUGAGAUUUCAAACGGAGUAUACAUGCCACUUGAUGAAUGUUGCCCGUAAUGCUGCAUUCGGAGAGGAAGCUGCAGAGAAGGUUCUUACAAGUCUUGAAGAUAAAUGGCCAGAGGAAAUGACUGACAAGCCAGUGUUCGAUAUUCAACAAUUCGUUUGGUCGAACCACAAACCAUGGAUUCCUAGGCCAAUGCUAAGCAUGCAUGUAAGAAUGGGGGACAAGGCCUGUGAAAUGAAGGUGGUUGAAUUUGAAGAAUACAUGCACCUUGCUGAUCGAAUAAGGCAGCAGUUUCCGCACCUCAACAGCAUUUGGUUAUCGACGGAAAUGCAGGAGGUUAUUGAUAAAUCAAAACUGUACACAUCUUGGAACUUCUACCACAGCAAUGUAACACGCCAGGUUGGAAACUUGACAAUGGCCUCGUAUGAAGCCAGUUUGGGCAGGCAAACUAGCACAAAUUACCCUCUUGUUAAUUUCUUAAUGGCAAUUGAAUCCGACUUCUUCGUCGGAGCAUUGGGUUCAACGUGGUGUUUUCUGAUAGAUGGCAUGAGGAAUACCGGAGGGAAAGUAAUGGCUGGUUACUUGAGCGUUAAUAGAGAUAGAUUUUGGUAGAAUUCUGACUUGUAAAAAGUCGCAUGUAAAUUUGAUAGACAUGGUUAAUAGUUGUCCAUAAAUAAGAGUCCAAUUUUGUAUUCUAAUUCCUCUAAUGUACAUUCUCUCCAUGUACACCGAGGCAAGGCAAGUUAUAAAAUAAGCACAUAUAUCUUUUACAGUAAA